CAGGCUUGCUUAUCAAGAAAAGAGGGGAUUAGAGUUGCAAACUCCUAAAUGGCAGAAGAAGUGAAGCUACUUGGGUUAUGGGCUAGUCCUUAUAGUCUCAGAGUAGAACUAGUCCUGAAGCUAAAAGGCAUACAAUAUCAGUACAUAGAAGAAGAUCUCUUCAACAAGAGUCCUUUGCUUCUCAAGUCCAAUCCAGUUCACAAGAAAAUUCCUGUGCUCAUACACAAUGGAAAACCAAUUGCAGAAUCACUUGUCAUUCUUGAAUACAUAGAUGAGACCUGGAAAAACAAUCCCAUCUUGCCCGAAAACCCUUACGAUCGAGCUAUUGCUCGUUUCUGGGCUAAAUUCAUCGAUGAAAAGAUCGUUCAAACAGCUUCAAAGUUCAGGUCAGCCAACGAGGAAGAGAAAGAGCAGAUCCUUGAAGAACUUGGUGAGCAGCUGAAGGUUAUUGAGAAGGAGUUAGAAGGGAAGGAAUUUUUUGGAGGUGAGAGCAUUGGAUACGUAGAUGUUGUGGCCUUUUUGUUAGUGUAUUCGUUCCAAGUGCGUCAAGAAGUUAUGCAGAAAGAUUGGAUCAAUGAAGAGAAGUUUCCAGUUUUAUGCAAGUGGAUGGGAAAGCUCCAUGAAAUAGAUGUUGUCAAUCAGUGCCUGCCUCCGAAAGACAAACAUUACGCUUAUCUCAGAGCUCGAAUUGAGGCUGCAAAAUCUGCCUCCAAAUAAUUAGUCUUUCAAUGCUUCAUAGUUUCUGAAUUUAUUUUCUUUUCUUGUUGGAUUGCUCUCUACUUUCUCUGCACCACAUAUCAUUGUGGUUAUGUCCAAACUUCAUGUAUAUAUAAGAAUGUUUCAAAAGAAUAGCUACCAUAACCA